AAUAAUCCCUUCCGAUAAAAUUUCAAGUAACCGGAGAAGAUCAGCAUGGCUGGAAGAGGAAGAAAUGGUACGAAGGUGAAAGAUCACUCCCGGUCCCACAUGUCAAAAUGAAGAUUUUUUUUCUUUCCAAACAGUCCCAUCCGCUUGUCGUCGGCCAGCCGCCAGCCCGUGUGUGUUCAGUGUUCACUUUCCCCUCCAAACCCACCUGCAACCUACUCACACACGCCCCUCCCCGAUUCCACAACUCUGUAGCUCCGUAUAUAUACAAGAGAAAGCCCUCCAAUUCGAUUCAAUUCCACUCCCCAAACGCACAAUUCCUCACUAGCUAGUCUCCACAACUGCCAAAUCUCAGCAGUAGCACAAACAGCUUCGCUCCGGAGCAGCCAAGAAUUGAGAGAGCUAGCCAAGAAAGCUGGGGAAAAGGGUUCUUCUUGGGAAGAAGAGGAGAAGAGAGGAUCUGGAGGCCACAGGCCCAUGGCAGUGACGGGGACGUCGGUGGCCGCGGCGGCGACGAUGCUGGCGGCGGCGGCGGCCAUCUUCAUCACCUUCGUGCUCUGCUUCUACCUCUUCCUCUGCGCCAAGCGCUACCGCGGCGCGGCCCCCACUAUUGGGGGCGGAAGGGAGGGCGGCGGCAGGGGCCGCACGCGGUUCGUCUUCGCCGGCGCGGGCUGCCACGGCCGCGGGGCCGGCAUGGACGAGGCCGCCAUCGCUGCGCUGCCGAGGAAGGAGGUGGGCCAGGGGGACCCCGUGGCAGACUGCGCCGUCUGCAUCACGGAGCUCGCCGCGGGGGAGGCCGCGCGCGUGCUGCCGCGGUGCGGGCAUGGGUUCCACGUCGAGUGCGUCGACAUGUGGCUCACGUCGCACUCCACCUGUCCGCUCUGCCGGUGCGCGGUGGUCGACGAAGAGGAAGCGCCGAUCGUUCGCCCGCCGGAGGCCGACCCGGAGUCCCCCAACUUCCCCACUAACGUGCUCUUCUUCGGCUCCCAGGACGCGGUCACCGCCCGCGGCGCCGCGGCGCCCCCACCACCACCACCACUUCUGCCACGGCAGCGGCUACCGGUGCCGUCACAGGCACCGCAGCCGGGACCCAUCGCCGGAGUGGCGGCCGUCGUGGAGGCGGCGAGAGUAGCCGCCCUGCGGCGGCUGCUGGGCUGCCGCGGCGCGUCGCCCCCGCCGCCGCCGCAGCAGCAGGCCGACCGGGACCUGGAGUCUGGGCUCGGCGGCGGCGAGAGCAGCGGGUCGCCGCCGGCGAAGCCGCAGUCAGGUUCUUGAAUCUUGACGCUUGUUACGCGUCUUCUCCUUUUGAGCCAUUUGAGGCAUCAGAAGGAAGCAAGUGUACAGAUGGAUCUAUAAUCAACUACAUAAUCUAAAGCCAAAGUUAUGCGUAAUUUUCCCAACUUUGUUUGUUGGUGCCAAUGCAAUCAAAGAUAUGGUUCACAGUUA